CAAACCACACAUCCAAAAGCAUUCCCUUCCUUGAACCUUUUCCGAAACGCUCUGUCUACUCACACACACUGCCUAGAGCCGUGCCGUCGAGAGGGUCUCCGCCACCACUCGCCCGAACUCCACACCCAUCCGCCCAUCUUCUCGUCAGUCUCACUCGCCUGCAGGACGCCCCUCGGGUCUUCAGCGGCCGCCAUGAAGCUGGGUUUGAUCUUUCCGAAAUUCUGGGCCUGUGCGCUGCUCCUGAUGGCGUCGGUUAUCGCCGAUCUUCAGGAGGGGAAGGAACCCCAACAGCAGACAUCCUCCUGCGUCGCUAAAGGCGGAAUCUGCGUGAAAGACAAUUGCCAAAACACCCUUAGUGACGGCGAGUGCGAGGAUGGAGAAGUGUGCUGUGAUCUGACGGAGGCUUCUGGCGCAGAAGAGGAAGCAGGAAAGACGAGGGAAAAACGGGGAGCGGGCUCCAGCGCCGACGAACCUCAGAAGGGUAGCGAGGGAAGCGACACAGACAAAGGACAGAAUCAAGAAGGAGGAGCAGGAGAAGGAGGAGCAGAAGGACCCACAAGUUCCUUCUGCAAGACCUCAAUCUCAAUCUGUAAAACCCAAGGAGGGAUUUGCGUCGAUCCCGGGGCAAGCAGUUGCAGUUACACAAAGUUUCCUAUACAUCAGAAAACAUCGUGUCGGGGAUUGCCUUGUACUUGCUGUGUUGAAGAACCCACCUGCUCCUCCAACUCUUACUGCGCUGCGGAGGGCGGUUACUGCAGCGACUCCUGCGGCAGGUUAGACCGCGUCCUCGAUGGCAUGUGCGGCUCGUCCGAGUGCAAGUGCUGCGCCCCGCCCUGCAAGACGCAGGCCUCGUGCUUCCAGAAGGGCGGCGUCUGCGUCACCAACGGGGCCUUCUGCUCGGGCACCCUCACGCCUGAGUGCGGGGGAUCGGGCUGCAUGUGUUGCGUGAAUAACAUCGGAGGCUGCACCGCCCGGCUAUCCUGCACCCAGAACGGAGGUGUGUGCUCGACCGACGGCUGUACCGACGACGAAGACUUGAUAGAGGGUGGAUGCCUGGGCGAAGGGUGUACCUGCUGCGCUCCCCGGCCCUGUGUUAAUUCCAGGACCUGCAGGAAGAGGGGCGGGCAGUGUGUGAGGCCCGCGGACUGCCCGGAUUCCUCCAACGCCGACGUCGUAGAUUGCACCGACGGAUGCGUGUGUUGCGUCGAUUGCAGAAUCCGCACACCUUGUUCUCGUUCCUCCGGUUUUUGCACAAAAAGCAGGUGCAAAAGGAACGAAAUCACGAUAAGAGGAGGUUGCAGAGGAAAGAAAUGCCGUUGUUGCGCUCCCUCUGACCCAUGCGCAAGGACAGGAAGAGCAUGCACAGUUCAAGGAGGAAGUUGCAGGGAUAGGGCCCAGUGCACGGUCUUUAACAACAGUCGGGGCUGCAGAUCAGGCAUUGAUUGUGUGUGUUGUUUGGAUGGUAAAAAAUAACACCCACAGCAGUUAAAGAGGUCCAACAGCUAGACUACACACACACACACACACACACACACACACACACACACACACACACACACACACACACACACACACACACACACACACACACACACACACGCGCAUGUAGGUACAUUUAUGUGUGUAUGUGUGUGUUUGUGUCCAUAUGUUCGUAUGGACGUUGAAAAUCGUAUGCAGUAUACCAUUUGAAUUCAGUAUUUCUCCAAUAAUUUAUUUUCGUGUUUAUGAGACUGAACUUUCAAAAAAAUAUCUAUAUAUAAUAAUAAUAUUAUACAGUAUUCUCAAUUAACAAUUAUCAAUUAACAAUAUAUUCAUACUUACCCUGCCGAUCAAAUGUUGCUGUUGGUACUGUUGGUAUAUUUUCAAGACGAAAUUUCAACACAAAGAGUAGCGUGAUAAAUAGCAUGGCUACAAUAAGCUGUGGUGUUUAACCUAUGAAGCCUAAGAGGAAUUCAGAAAUCAUAAACAGAAAUUUCCUGGAUUCCAUUUGAAAUAUUGAUGUGCAGUGUUGCAAACUAUACGAAAUUGGUGUGCAGUGUUGCAAACUAUACGAUAUUGAUGUGCAGUGUUGCAAACUAUUCAAGUGUUGCUUUCUUCAAUAAAAUGACUAGAGCAUA